AUGGGACCACGGGACCUCUCUGCUGCAUUGGUGCGUCCUUAUUGUUGUUGUCCGAGAGAGAGAGAGAGAGGCGUGGACGGGUACCGAGCGGAGGAUGACUACGACUACUUGUUCAAGCUGGUGCUCAUCGGGGACUCCGGGGUGGGCAAGUCCAACCUCCUCUCCCGCUUCACCCGGAACGAGUUCAACCUCGAGUCCAAGUCCACCAUCGGCGUCGAGUUCGCCAUCCGCAGCAUCACCGUCGACGGCAAGAUUCUGAAGGCCCAGAUAUGGGACACCGCCGGCCAAGAGAGGUAUCGUGCCAUAACAAGUGCUUACUACUGGGGAGCGGUGGGUGCAUUGCUGGUGUAUGAUGUUAUUAGACAUACUACAUUUGAGAAUGUUUCACGGUGGCUGAGGGAGUUGAGGGACCAUACAGAUCCUAACAUAAUUGUUAUGCUCAUCGGCAACAAGUCAGACCUCUGUCACCUUGUUGCUGUUCCUACUGAAGAUGGCAAGGCUUAUGCUGUGAGGGAAUCUUUAUAUUUUAUGGAAACAUCUGCAUUAGAAGCAACAAAUGUGGACAAUGCAUUUGCAGAGGUCUUGACUCAGAUUUACCAUAUUGUCAGCAGGAAGGCAGUGGAGGCUGGUGAUGAUGCAGCAUCUUCUGCACCACCUAGUACAGGUGAAAGAAUAAACGUGAAAGAUGAUGCAUCUACGAUGAGGAAACUUAGCUGCUGUUCAACUUAGGUAAUACUAAUGUUACCCAAAGGUUACCGUCUCUUUGGGAUGCAUGUUUUAGGUUUUUUUCUGUAGUAUUUGAGUUCACUCAUUUUCUUUCGAUAUCAACAAUUAUGGAUCUGAACUUCAAA